AAUUUCACGCUUGAUGCGAACGAAGACGAAAGCUCUAAAGCAAGCCACGAAUAUUUGACCAAACAAUGCAAACUUUACGAAGAACCAAACAGUUCUUACUUUUCGAUACGUUUGAAACGUACCGCCGACGAAAUCUGGUUAAACAAACGCGUGCCAGCAAGUGAACUACAGAAAAUUACAAUAAAAAUGUGAUUCACAUGUACCUUUUCUUAAUGUAAUGAAACACUAAUAUAAACAUAGUAAACACUUUAACAGUCAACAUAAGAACAAAAUAAUAAUAUUAAUAUAAAAAUACUGGUAAUAAUAAUAAAAAAUAGUUGCAAGACAAAUAAAGUUCUGCCGAAAAUUGUUAGCAGAACAUGGCGCGGAAAAGAAGCCUACUCCGACUAUUUUAUUUUUAAACAUGAAAACAAGAAAACUUAAGUUUUGAGAUCAAAUUAAACAACUAAAAAUUCACAAAAAGUUAUAAAUUUACGUACACGAGCAGUAUGCGGAACAUAUUCGUUAUGUUAUAUAAUAGACAUGGUUAGGACAAAAGCAUAUAUGCGCAAAUAUGAUAAAACAAAAAUUGCCUUCAAAUAUAAAGUGUUUUUAAAUACCCAAACCAAAGAGCAAAGUGAGCAAUUCUAACUAACAUUAAACAUGAAAUCAAGGAAACUCAACAUUCACAAAAAGUUAUAAAUUUACCUACACGAGCAGUAUAAGGACAAAUUCGUUAUGUUAUAUUAAUACAAAUGGUUAGCACAAAAACACAUAUGCGCAAAUAUGAUAAAACAAAAAUUGCCUUCAAAUAUAAAGUGUUGUCAAAUACCCAAACCAAAGAGCAAAGUGAGCAAUUCUAACUAACAUUAGAUACAAUUAAAUCAAGUUAAAGUUAAGGAAUACAGAAGUAUUGCUCCAAGUAAAUCUUAAAUCAACGAAUUCAGAAAAGUGAUCACGAAUUUUUCGUAAAUAAAACCAGACAAAAAAUUAAAACGAAAACACAAGCACAUAUUUUAGGCUUAAGCGUUCUUUGUUAUUAGUGAUUUUUAGGCGUCGUUGUCGUUAGCCGUCAAAUAACUUUUAUGUAAAUGUCCGUAUUGUAAAAUAUUUUGCAUAUUUGCGCUUAGUUGACUAGUUAUCCAAUAUAUAAACCAAAUUAUAUAAACAUAAAUAUUAGAUGAAAAUAUUAUGUGAAUAACAGCAAAGCGCCGGUGCAACGGAGUUCCGAUGAAAAACUAAAAGAAGAUAAACAUAUUUUAAACGAAAUAAAAAAAAUUCCUGUAAAAUAUUAAAAUGAUAUGCAUUGCAAUAAAAAUAAAAACAAAAACAUAACGCAAAAUAAAUAAAAGCAAAGUUGAAGCAAAUAUCCCUACGGAGUACAGGUCUAAUGAAAUGUAUACCAAAUACAAAUAAAUUUUAAAUUUUGAAUUUCCAAUCAAGCUUUCAAGUUUAAAUUGAUUGUUGAUAGCAAAUCAAAAACGAUUGGUUAAAUGUGGGUGCAAAAAUUACUAAAUCAGAAUAAAUAACAGAAUUUAAAGCAAGUUAAUCAAUAUUAAAAUUAUCUGAAACAUAUUGAGAUUUCAAAUUUCAAUUGCAAAUACUUUUAAACUAUUUCGAAAACACUUAUUGUGAAACUUACAAUCAAACACUAAAUUAAUAAAAACAAAUACUCUGUAUUUCAAUAUUCUGUAUGAACUCAUAAAAACUGCAUUAGUAAUAAUAACAUUCAAAGAGGCACGGAGAGAACAGAUCCUUUCGAACAAGGAUUUGUAAAGCGAAAAUUACGAUUCGAUAAUUUAUGGAAAAACCGGGAAUUGUUUCAACUCACGGACGUUAAGGAGAAUGGCUAAUAUAAUUUUGAUUGCUUGCCUCUCUGUACUUGGCAUCAUAAUUGCCAUCGCGUUAUUUCUUGCUGGUGGUUAUCUUUGGUGGCGCCACAAACGUUCACAACUUCAGUUUAUCGAACCGAAUGAGGAUGAGGGUUCGAGCAGCUAUAGUCUGAGACUUCCUCAAUCCUCAACUCAGGAGAUGCCGGACACAUCACUUCCACCUACGAAAUCGCAACAGUAUCAAACCACCGCCCAAUCACUAGCUACUCCAUUACAAAAUAAUAUCAAUCGUAAAUUGAAUGGAUUUCUCAAUUUAAAAACUCCAUUGAUUGGGUGAGUCUAUCAUGAGCAAAUAUGUAUACUUAAAAAAAUCACUAGCUAACUUUCAAAAUCUAUGGGUAAAAUCUUCGGGAACUUAAUACUUUUUAAAGAGGAGUGAAGGUAAUAGAAUUGAGUUUCUAAGUAAC